AUGCAUAAAUACACUAUUCUCACUUUUAUUUUUGGUGUCACUUUUAUAUCGAUUGUAACAUCUUCAUCGUUUUGUCGAAUCGGAGCUCCUUUUCCUGAAUGGAUGACAGGCUAUUUUCAUGCGGAAUUUGCCGAUGGUACAUCGGCCAACGCUAGAUUUGGAAAAUGGUAUGCAAAUGUAACAUUUUCAACUGGUGAGAACGGUACAUUGACAAUGACAGCACCUCUACAACAAGUUGGCGAUACCUAUGUCUUCCAUGAAUGUGUACAGAUUUAUGGUAGUGAACCUGCAUUACGUUGUUCACUUUUAGUCCGUAAUGGUACUGGUUAUACAGAAUACAUUCAUAAAGAUCCAGAACUGAUUCCAAUUUGUCCUGAAUCGAUUUUGUCACCUGAUCUUGAAAUGGAAAUCGUUACUCGACUUGAUUAG